UAGUAUAAAUACCCAUCUCUCGCUUUCUCUUCUUCCAUUCAAAUCUUAAACUAAUUAAUCAAUUAACACUGACCUGAGUUCGUAGUUUCGUGCUUGCUUGUUUCAUUCAAGGAAAGAGCAUUCCCUCCUGGAAUGCACUUCUCCUCUUUGUUCAAUUAAUUAAUUACACUCCUUAUACGUGAUCAACAACUGGUGAAAGAUGACGGUGACACCUAAAAUCUCAGUUAACGAUGGAAACUUGGUUGUUCAUGGCAAGACCAUACUGAAAGGAGUACCAGAAAACAUUGUCCUCACUCCAGGUUCUGGCAAUGGCCUUCUUACCGGUGCAUUUAUUGGUGCUACUGCUUCCCAUACCAAAAGCCUCCAUGUCUUUCCCAUUGGUAUCUUAGAGGGUCUCAGGUUCAUGUGUUGUUUCCGGUUCAAGCUAUGGUGGAUGACGCAGAGAAUGGGAACUUGUGGGAGGGAUAUUCCUCUAGAGACCCAAUUCAUGCUCAUAGAGACCAAACACACCGAAGGUGAACCCCAAGAUUCUCCUAUCAUCUACACUGUCUUGCUUCCUCUAUUGGAAGGUCCAUUCCGAGCUGUUCUACAAGGCAAUGAAAAUUGCGAAAUCGAGAUUUGCCUUGAAAGUGGAGAUCAUGCUGUUGAGACUAAUCAAGGCCUUCACAUGGUUUACAUGCAUGCUGGCACCAACCCUUUUGAAGUCAUCAACCAAGCUGUCAAGGCUGUGGAAAAGCACAUGCAAACAUUUCAUCAUCGUGAGAAGAAAAGGCUGCCAUCUUUUCUUGAUUGGUUUGGUUGGUGCACAUGGGAUGCUUUCUAUACUGAUGUAACAGCUGAGGGUGUUGAGGAAGGCUUGAAAAGUCUAUCAGAGGGAGGUACACCUCCACGAUUCCUCAUCAUAGACGAUGGUUGGCAACAGAUUGAAAGUAAAGCAAAGGAUCCCGGCUGUGUUGUGCAAGAAGGAGCACAGUUUGCUACUAGGUUGACUGGGAUUAAAGAGAAUGCUAAAUUUCAAAAGAAUAAGAAUGGACAGAACGACGAACAAAUACCAGGUCUUAAACAUCUAGUAGAUGGAGUAAAGAAACAUCACAAUGUCAAAGAUGUUUAUGUAUGGCAUGCACUAGCUGGUUAUUGGGGUGGAGUGAAGCCAGCAGCAACUGGCAUGGAACAUUAUGACACCGCCCUGGCGUACCCAGUGCAGUCACCAGGAGUACUUGGAAACCAACCGGACAUUGUCAUGGACAGCUUGGCUGUGCAUGGUCUUGGUCUAGUACAUCCAAAGAAGGUUUUCAACUUCUACAAUGAACUCCAUGCUUACUUAGCAUCAUGUGGAGUAGAUGGAGUGAAGGUAGAUGUACAAAACAUUAUUGAGACCCUUGGUGCUGGACACGGUGGUCGAGUCUCGCUUACACGCAGCUAUCAUCAUGCGCUUGAGGCUUCCAUUGCUCGUAACUUUGCUGACAAUGGAUGCAUUGCGUGUAUGUGUCACAACACUGAUGGACUUUACAGUGCUAAGCAGACUGCUAUUGUGAGAGCCUCUGAUGAUUUUUACCCGCAUGAUCCUGCUUCUCACACCAUCCAUAUUUCUUCUGUUGCAUACAAUUCGCUUUUCCUUGGAGAAUUUAUGCAACCAGAUUGGGACAUGUUCCAUAGUUUGCAUCCAGCAGCAGAAUAUCAUGCAGCAGCUCGUGCAAUCGGUGGAUGUCCAAUUUAUGUCAGUGAUAAGCCAGGCAACCACAAUUUUGAUCUUCUUAAGAAGCUGGUUCUCGCUGAUGGUUCAGUUCUUCGUGCACAGCUACCUGGCAGGCCUACCCGUGACUGUCUCUUUGUUGAUCCGGCGAGAGAUAGGACUAGCUUGCUCAAAAUAUGGAACAUGAACAAAUGUACUGGAGUUGUUGGUGUAUUUAACUGCCAAGGUGCUGGGUGGUGCAAGGUAGAGAAGAAAACUCGCAUCCACGAUACAUCUCCUGGUACACUCACUAGCUCUGUCAGUGCCUCUGAUGUUGAUCAAAUCAACCAAGUAGCUGGUGUUGAAUGGCAUGGGGAGACUAUUGUUUAUGCUUACAGAUCAGGUGAGGUGAUACGGCUACCAAAAGGGGUUUCGAUUCCAGUGACACUAAAGGUUCUGGAGUUUGAACUUUUCCAUUUCUGUCCAAUCCAAGAAAUAGCACCAAGUAUAUCAUUUGCCGCAAUAGGCCUAAUGGAUAUGUUCAACACUGGAGGAGCUGUGGAAGAGGUUGAAAUCCAUAAAGCCUCCGACAACAAACAAGAACUAUUCGACGGCGAGGUUGUAUCUGAACUGACAACUUCUCUCAGUCCUAACCGAACGAAAACAGCAACUGUUGCUCUAAAGGUCAGAGGAAGUGGCAAGUUUGGAGUUUACUCUUCUCAGCAUCCACUUCAAUGUGCAGUCGAUGGCAUUGAUACCGAUUUCAACUAUGACUCAGAAACCGGGUUGACAACCUUCUCCAUCCCAGUUCCUCAAGAGGGGAUGUAUAGAUGGUCGAUAGAGAUUCAAAUUUGAGUCAUGAACACAUGGCAUUUAAGUGAAUUGUGUAGGUAAAGGGGUUUUGUUGUAAUAUCUACACAUUUGGUACCAUUUAGUUGAAAGAUGGGUAAAAGGGUUUUGUUGUAAUAAUAAGUAGACAAGACAUCUAUUUGUUGCAAGGAGUGGGGGAAAGUGUGUUUUUUUAGGGUUGUUAUUGUAACUUGUAACGUAAGUAAUGUAGCUGAGGGAGUUGCAAGUCAUCAGCUGGUGAGAGGAAAGAUGUUCUUCUCCCAUGGAAUGUAAUAUGUUUUGUUUCUUUAAAAUAAAAUGUUCCCAUGUUUGAAAA